AGAGGAUUGGCACAAGUGUGAAAGAAGCCUGCAGUUUGGACAUCAGGACCAGGAAUCUUAGAAAGGAUGACUGUCAUGUUGAAAAAUCAGAGCCACACUCUGGAAAACAUGUUGACACUGAUAAAGAGCAGGAAGGAAGUUCAGAAGUUGAGGUGAAGUGCUUUGAAAGCCGCCAGGUCAGAGCAUCGACGAGAAGGAGGGAACAAUUAAAAGGUGAUGACCGGAGUCAUGCCAGGAGUGUAGACCGGUCUAAGGUUAAAUCUGUUAAAAGGAGCGGAAGUUCAAAACCAUUGAAAGAUGAGAACCUGGACAAGGAAGGUUUUGAAAAGGAAGAAGUUGUUAAAAUAGGCAAUGAGAAUAGAUCAAGAACAGAGAAAAGAAAUAACAGUGCUGUGCAAAAGGAAAUGAAAGAUGA